ACCUGCUUCAUUUCUCUCCUUCCCGAAUCUUCAGUUUCACACCCACUUGGAUGGCCCGUUGGGCUGCCUCUUCAUCUUCGUAAUCGCACUAGUGCAUGCCUGGCCCUGCAGUUGGCUCCGCAAUUCUGGUCCGGACCUUAGACAGCUAACGCGGCUGCGAACGACAGAUAUUAACGCUUUAUUCAGGCGACUUUUAUAAUUCGAUAAUUCUGCCGCGUUCACUCGCUAACCCCUCCUGAAAAAUGUCGUCAGCCAGUUACAAUCUCGGCAUCGCCGAGGCCGCACGGUCGCACGCGGCGCCGCAGCACCCGUCGCUUGCGUCGUCGCUCGUCGUCCGCGCGUCGUCGCUGAGCGGGUCCAGCAUGCACCUCCUCUCCACCUCCCGCAGCCCGUUCCUCGCGGGAACAAGCCCCGCCGCAGCACUCCGCGCGUGGCGCAGCGGGGGAGCGGCGUCCGCGUCUGGUCCAGUGAAGGUGAAGGGGAACUUGUGGGACGAUCUGCAGCGCGCGGCGUCGGGCGCGGGCGCGGGCGCGGGGAAGGAGGAUUAUCUUGACAAGGGGAAGAAGAAGUAUGGCCGCGAGACCGUGCAGUAUAAACCGAACCGCACCGCGGCUGGGCGGAAGAGCGCGGGGAGCGGUGGAACUACCAUCAUUAGCAAGUCCCCCAGCACCCCCGGGCGCAAGGGCACGCAAUUCGCCGUCCGCAAAGCUGCGGGGAAGUCAGGCGGAGGCACGCAGCUGCUGGUGCUGGGGGAAAAGGGCAAGGACAAGGGGAAGGGCGCGCGCAGCGGGAAUGGGGAGGGCGGAACGCAGAAGGUGCUGUCGGACGUGGCGUCGGGGCUGGGGCUAGCGCUGGGCGGCAGGGGCGGCGCGCAGCAGGACGGCAAACUGGUGUUCGUGGUCGGCGCCGGCAGCAGCGUGGGCGCCGCCACUGUGAGGGAGCUCGUCCGCCUGGGGUACCGCGUGCGCGUGCCCGCUAACGAGGCGGACGCCGCGCAGCCGCUGCUGGCCGAUCUACCCGAGCCACCCAAAGGCCUCUUCGACAUGUUUCUCCCCGGUGGCGCCAGUCUCCCCGCGGUGGAGUACGCAGAGGGGCAGGGCGCGUGGCCGCUGGGCGCGGGGGUGAUAGGCGCGGAGGGCGCCAUGCGCGGGGUGGGGAGCGUCGUGUGCGUGGCGGACGGCGUUGACGCCAGCGUCAUCAAAGCGGCGGAGGAGCUGCAGGCGCGGCGGUUCAUUCUGGUGCUGCCGCCCAUCAACAACCCCCUCGCCAAGCUGUUUGAGGCGGCUUCGUGGCAGGCCAAGGCGGAGCAAGCCCUCGCUGACUCCGCCCUUGACUUCACUGUCGUCCGCACGCCCACCAUCGUGGAAUCCCUCUCAGCGGCCUCCUCCCCUCCCCCCUCCGCGCCUGCUGACUCUUCCGCCUCCCCCUCCUCCGACUCCUCCGCCCCUGCCCCCGCGGCCUCCCCCCGCCUGGCGCUGCACCUGGGGCCCAACGCGCGUGCAUCCAUCUCACAGGGGUGGCCGUCUGGGACCAUCUCGCAGAAACAGUUGGGUCGGCUGGUGGCGGGGCUGUUGAAGGAGGGCUCCCCCAAGCUCAAGCGCCGCGUGGUGGACGCCGUGGUCGAGCCCUCCUCCUCCCCUCAGCCCUCGCUGUCGGCGCUCAUCGAUAGGGCGCUCUCCGAGUCUGCUGUCACUGCCGCUGCUGCUGCUGCUGCUGCUCGCGCCCCGUCGGCAGACAAGCCUGCGGCUGCUGAGGCGCCUGCCUCCCCUACCAAGCCCAAGUUCAAGCUGCCUGACAUGGCCCUGCCCACUGCCGUCACGGGCAACAGCACUUCCAAGGACAGCAAGGAGAACGGCAAGAAGGAAAAGGAGGCUGAGGGGGAGAAAGGUUUGGGGAGGGGGAAGCUGGGCCUGAAGGAGGCUGAGAAUCUGCUGUCUCUCUUCACCAAGCCCAAGGAGGCCACUCCUGCUGUGGAGCCCACUCCAGCCUCCUCUGACCCCGUGGCGCGCGCACAAGAGGCAGUGGCCAAGGCACAGCAGCUCGCGCAGUCCUUCUCCCUGCCGUCGCUCUCCUCCGCCUCGGGCACCAAGGGCGGCACGCAGCGUGGGGGCACCAUGCGCGGCGGCACGCUGCGCAUUGGCGGGGCGAAGGGGGGCACGCAGCGGGGCGGGACGAAGGUGAUUGACAAGCGCGCGCAGCAGCAGAGGAACCUGGCGGCCAAGGCAGCGCAGAGGAGGGAGAGGCAGAGGCCGGUGCAGCGCCAGGGGAGCCAGCGCGGGCGGAAGGAGGAGGAGGGCGAGCAGGGCGGGAUUGACCUGGUGGGGUCGUGGGUGCAGGGCAUCCAGUCGUUCGACGGCCAGCUGCCUUCCGGGCCAACCAAGAAGCAAUCCCCUGCGAUGGCCUGGCUGCAGUCGCUGCUGCCGCAGGAGGAGGUGGUGGAGGAGGAGCCAGAGCAGCAAGGCCCCCUCGCUGCAGCCCGCCGCCUCUUCUCCCCACCACCGCCUGCCCCACCUGCUCCUAAAGCGCCCACUGGCGCUGCUGCCCUCGCGUCCACUGCUGCGUCUGCUGCCGCUGCUGCUGCGGUGGUGACGGCAUCUGCUGCCGUGUCUGCAGUGGCCGGCCUCGCGCAGGUGGUCGCCCCAUCAGCCACACCGGAAUCGCCAUCCACUGCUGAUGCUGCAGAUGCUGCCGCUGCUGGAACGGCUGCGUCCCCUGCUGAAGCAGAGGACAGCAUUGAGGAGAGCAUGCAGGGGGUGCGGGCUCUGGCAGGAGCUGCAGCGGACGCACUGAAGGACGCAGUGGCCAGUGCUGCUGACAUGGUGAUGCCGGAUAGCGCUGCCGAGGUUACGGAAGAAAGUGCCGCCAAGACUCCUGCUCAAACUCUUGCCGCUGCACCUGCUGCUGCCGCUGCUGCGGCUUCUGCUGCUGCUUCCGCUGCUGUUGCUGCUGUUGCCGCUGCUGCUGCUCCUGUUGCUGCCGCCGUGUCUGCCCCAGUUGCUACUCUCGCCCCCACUCCUGCAGCUCCUGCUGCUGCCGCAAAGGCAAGUGAGGUGAGUGUGAAAGCAGCGGUGAAAGAGGUGGUGAAUGAGAAGACUGCAGAGGAGAUUGCUCGGGAAGAGGAGGAGAAGCGCAAGCGAGAGGAGGAGAGGACGAAGGCGGAGGAGGAAAAGAGGAUCCGAGAUGAGGCGAGGAAAAAGAAAGAGGAGGAGGAGAGGAAGAAGAGGGAGGCGGAGAGGAAGGUGCGCGAGGCGGAGAGGAAGAAGCGGGAGGAGGAGAGGCGCGCACGGAUCGAUGCUGAGUGGAAGGCCCGAGAACUGGAGAGGAAGCGAGUGGAGGCUGAGGAGAAGAGGAGGCAGGAUGAGAGACGGCUGAUGGAGAAGAGGCGGCAGGAGGAGGAGGCUCUGCGGCUAGCGCAGCUGAGGCAGCAGCAGGCAGAGGAGAGGCACAAGCAGGAGGAGGAGAGGAAGAAGCAGGAGGCGGAGAGGAAGAAGCAGGUGGAAGCUAAGAAGAAGGCGGAGGAGGAGAAGAAGCAGAAGACGGAGGAGGAGAAGCGUGAGGCACUGAAAAGGGCUCAGGAGGAGGCUCUGCUGGCAGCCAAGAAGCUGGAGGAGGAGGGGAGGAAGCGCAAGGAGAGGCUGCCGUACCCGCAGCCGGCACAGCCUGAAUCAGAUGGCGUUGUGUACAUCACAGGCAACACUACGCCUGGUCGCUACUUCACACUUACACCCAUGGCAGAGCGGAAGAAACAGUAGGUCGUAGUGAAUUUCCAGCUGAAGAGUGGGUGGGUGUGUUGGGGGUAAUGGUUUGUCUUUUGCUUUGUGUUUUUUCAGGAAUACGACUAGAUAUUGCAAUAAUUUAACGUGACCUUUAUUGUCUAUUGUCAAUA